GCCGGAGGGAGGAAAGCCUGCUGCUGUGCCCAGGAACUCGAGACGUCGUUCACCUGCGUGGAUGAAAACGUGAACCUGGAGCAUGGGAGCGGUGCCCCCAGCCCUAGACGUGACGGUGGAUCCCAACACGGUGGCUGGGAGCUGCCGCCCGAGUGGGUGCACGACUCUCCUUCCCUGGUCUCCGAGGAGGACGAUGCUGCCUCAGAGGCGGCGGCCGGGAAGUCCGUGGACUACGGGUUCAUCAGUGCCAUUUUGUUCCUGGUCAGUGGCAUUUUGCUGGUGAUCAUUUCCUAUGUGGUACCCAGAGACGUGACGGUGGAUCCCAACACGGUGGCUGCCCGGGAGAUGGAGAGGCUGGAGAACGAGAGCGCGAGGAUUGGGGCUCACCUGGACCGCUGCGUUAUCGCCGGGCUGUGCCUCUUAACCCUGGGGGGUGUGGUGCUCUCCAGCCUGCUGAUGAUGUCCAUGUGGAAAGGGGAGCUGUACCGGAGGAGCAGGUUUGCCUCCUCCAAGGAGUCUGCGAAGCUCUAUGGGUCUUUCAAUUUCAGAGUGAAGUCUGGUGCAAAUGAUAAUGUGCUCGAGCUGUCGCUAGUUGAGGAAGAUGUGCUUGCCAUAGAUAAUUAGUGUGGUCAUGACUUUUAAGGCUGCCUUGCUACAGGAAAAUAUGUUUCAUUAAAGAGAACAGAUGCGACUAAAGAUAGCUGGUGAUGCAGUUUAUUUGUCUGACAAGAAUGGUUUUUUAUUAAGCUCUAUAGUUAAAUGUUUGCAGUGUAUGAGCACUUGUUGUAAAGGGAAGACGUGCCAGAGAAAAUGCAGCUGAUAUAAAAUAAUGGAAACCACUGAAUAAAAAGAGAUUUGUGAUAA